CUUGCAGCAACUGUGCCCUUCCUGGCGCAGCAAGGCACACAUGGCAUUCAGAGAUGUGGCUGUGGAUUUCAGCCAGGAAGAGUGGAUGCUGCUGAGCCCCGCUCAGAGAUCCCUGUACAGGGAGGUGAUGCUGGAGAACUACAGCAACCUGGUCUCACUGGGAAUUCCGUUUUCUAAGCCAAAACUUAUCACCCAGCUGGAGCAAGGGAAGGAAACCUGGAGAGAGGAGAGAACAUGCCCACCAGCCACCCGUCCAGCGGAACCAAAGCCAGAACUCCACCUCUGUCCUUUCUGCCCUUCGGAUUUUUCCAGUCAGAAAGACCACGUGCAGCACAUGCUGUGUAAUCAUCCCCCCUGGGUCUUCACAUGCCUGUGUGCAGAGGCUCCUGUCGAACCGGGGGAUCCGUGCCCAGGGGACCAGAAGCAGCAGCAACAGGCCUCUGAUCGAGAGCCCUGGAGGGAUAAAGCAGAAGGUCGAGAGAGAGAAGGCGCCAAGCCUUUGUUUGGCAAGACAAAGAAGAGGACUUCGGGGGCAUUCUCUAGGCCACCCCAAAGGCAGCCGGUCAGCUCCCGGAGUGGCCUCAGAGGCGUGGAAAUAGAGUCCAGCCCCGCCCCGACGGGGAACCCUGAGGAAGCAGACAGACUAUUGAAGAGGAUAGAAGUCUUAGGAUUUGGAACGGUCAACUGUAGAGAGUGUGGACUGGGCUUCAGCAAGAUGACAAACCUACUCAGUCACCAGAGGAUUCACUCCGGGGAGAAGCCGUACGUGUGUGGGGUGUGUGAGAAAGGCUUCAGUCUGAAGAAGAGCCUUGCCAGGCACCAGAAGGCCCACUCGGGGGAGAAACCGAUUGUGUGCAGGGAGUGCGGCCGCGGAUUUAACCGGAAGUCAACGCUUAUCAUACACGAGAGGACACACUCUGGCGAGAAGCCAUAUAUGUGCAGUGAGUGUGGGCGAGGCUUUAGUCAGAAGUCAAACCUCAUCAUACACCGGAGAACACACUCGGGGGAGAAGCCCUACGUGUGCCGGGAGUGUGGGAAAGGCUUUAGCCAGAAGUCUGCUGUCGUCAGACACCAGAGGACACACUUAGAGGAGAAGACCAUCGUGUGCGGUGACUGCGGACUAGGCUUCAGUGACCGCUCGAACCUCAUCUCACACCAGAGAACACACUCCGGGGAGAAGCCUUACGCCUGCAAGGAGUGCGGGCGCUGCUUUAGGCAGAGGACGACCCUGGUCAACCACCAGAGGACACACUCCAAAGAGAAGCCUUACGUGUGUGGAGUGUGUGGGCACAGCUUUAGCCAGAAUUCAACUCUCAUCUCACACAGGCGCACACACACCGGGGAGAAGCCUUACGUGUGCGGGGUGUGUGGGCGUGGCUUUAGCCUGAAGUCACACCUCAACAGACACCAGAACAUACACUCAGGGGAUAAGCCCAUCGUGUGCAAGGAUUGUGGGCGAGGCUUCAGCCAGCAGUCAAAUCUCAUCAGACACCAGAGGACACACUCAGGGGAAAAGCCCAUGGUGUGUGAGGAGUGCGGGCGAGGCUUCAGCCAGAAGUCGAACCUUGUUGCCCACCAGAGGACACACUCAGGGGAAAAGCCGUACGUGUGCAGGGAGUGUGGGCGAGGCUUCAGUCACCAGGCAGGUCUCAUCAGGCACAAGAGGAAGCACUCGAGGGAGAAGGCUUACAUGUGCAGACAGUGUGGACUAGGCUUUAGCAACAAGUCAGCUUUAAUCACACACAAACGGGUACAUUCAGAAGAGAAGCCGUGUGUGUGCAGAGAGUGUGGCCAAGACUUUAUCCAGAAGUCACACCUCCUCUUACAUCAGAUGACACACCAGGGGGAGAAGCCUUACGUGUGCAAGAUGUGCGGCCAAGGCUUCAGCCAGAAGUCCCACCUCAGCAGACACAGGAGGAUGAAAUCUGUCCACUACAAACCUCCACUCCAGCCUGACUCUGAGGCCCGUGCGGGACAAUCUCCUGACCUCUUACACGGUCUUUGAGAGCAAAGGUAGUGGUGCGGACUAAGUCAUCAAAACUGUUACACUUUCAUGAAAUGGGGUAGAGAAGUGCAUUCCGGGAGUGGUCAGAGGACAUUUGACUUAGUUCACUUUCUCCACACUAAGUCUUCAUGUUUUGUGGCCUUUUGUUCUAAUAAACAUUGCUUCUUUACAAAU